CAGUUUGAGUGCUAGGAAGUUAUUUAUGAGUUUACAACAAAUUAAUCAUUUAAAUUCGCUUCCACAUUUAAGUAACAACAGGAAAUAAAGUGAGUUAUCCAAGGAUAAAUUAUCAAAUCGGCCUUAAACUACGGUCGCGUCAUCAUAACCUAUGAAAAACUUGUCGCAUCAUGAAGAAUGUUAUUCCCUUUUAGAUGUCAUGAAUUUUCCUUCAACGGAGCUAUUACUGGGCAGACAAAGGUCUCGACAAUGGGUCCCGUUACUGAGCCAACAACUCAGACUACGGCACAUCACUCACAUACUGGCAUUCAAUAUUACGUCGAAGAAAUCAGAUAGUUUCUACUUUACGUUCCAUCUGACACCAAUGUGUGCACCGUUUUAUACUAGUGAGAAAACUAAAGGGCCAAAUCUCAAAUGGACUGAACUGAAUGUUAAAAACACUAUCAAUACUUCUGCAUCUGCUCUGGUGUUAAGAAUUUGGCAGAGCCGAGACAAUGAAAUGGACAAAAUCGUAUUAACAUGGGGGAUCAACUUAUCCGGCCUGGUCUACCUGGGCAACCGAGCCGUCGAGAUUCUGCCUUCGUAUUUCAAAAACAAUUCUGUGAUAUUUUGCAUCGCCGGCGGCUAUUUCAGCAGCCAGCGCACGAUACGUACCGAUCUACCGAAACCAGUCCCGUUUAUCGAUAACGUAAACGUCUGCGGCGACGUUGGCACGGGCAAAGUGUACAGGAAAACGUCCGUCAAAACCCAAAGCAAUGAGGUGUGCAAAAGCUACUCGUUGGAGAAGCUGAGGCGGCUGCAGGCGCUGCAGAUUGCUAUCAGGAAUAAGGCGGUGGAUGUGGAACACAUUAAGGAUAAGAUCAACGUGCAGAAGGGCGAGGGCAACGUGAAAGAGGGUGUUCAGUUUGCAGAAACCAGUUCUAGUCGGGCGAAUAAUGUCAGAUAUGAACCGCAGCUACUGACAAUGAAUUCGCUUAAUAAAAUGCUGCAGGAAAGACCCACCACAUUACAAAAGCAGGAAAUGAUAAGACUCAAGAAGGAGAUAGAACGGACACGUUAUAGGACAAAGUUGUUGUCUACUGAAAGGGACAGGAAAUUGGUGCUAAUACGCCAACUGAGGCAGAAACAUGCAGCACGUGUUGAAGAAAAUGAUAUUAAGAAUUCUGAAUUAAUGGAGAACUACCAUGCUUUGAGUCGGGAGGCUGAAAAACUGAAGGAGAUUAAGAGAAACUUGUUGCAUCACAGGGAAAUAUUCCGGCACUUGAGUUCACAUGUGCAGUUUCGAAGGAACCAACUGAUGAGACAGUUGCUGUGUAUUUAUCCCAUAGAAAAGAAGGCAGAAAAUAAAUAUGUUAUACACAAUAUUUAUUUACCCAAUUCUGAUGUGCUUACAGAUUGUUCAGAUGUUGGCUUAUCGGUAGCUUUAGGAUAUGUGACACACAUUUUAACAAUGUGUUCAAUAAUAUUGCAAGUACCUUUGAGAUAUCCAAUGUUGCAUUACGGUUCUAGGUCGUACAUAACAGACAAUGUCUCACCCUUGUUGCCCGACAAAGAAAGGGAAUUUCCGUUGUUUGCCCGUGGCAAAGACAAGAUGCAGUUUACCUAUGCUGUGUACCUCCUGAACAAGAACAUAGCCCAGCUCCGCUGGCUCUACUACAUUCACACGCCAGAUCUGAAGGCAACCCUGCCUAACCUCCUGGGUCUGCUGCACGGCCCCCGCGACCGUGUCGAACUCACCACCCCGUUCUCGGGCGCCGGCCUGCUGGACACGCUCAGCUGCGCCGGCCUAGAAGACGACCCCAAACGCCACUCGCCCUCCACGUCCGGCCUGCCGUGCCAGCAACUCGUUAGUUUACGUAGCUUUGGUUCGAGUCCGAAUAUAUGCGAUCCAAUUUUAGACUGCUUAAAACACGAGCGACUGCAACAAAGGUCUGCCAGUCCGGUUAGUCACAGGACGAGGACGGGACAGUGCUCGAAGGAGUUGGCGAUACCGGAGGCGUUUCUCAACAGGCAGAUCAGCAAGGAUUCGUUCAAGAACAUGGCACUUGACGGGUGCAGCAACUUGCUGUGCUGCGGUGAAAGCUCCACGGCAUCUCGAUCGUCCUCAACUAGUUCAACAAUUAACCUUAACAAAAUAGGAAUAGCUAACAUUGAAAGCUGUGAUAUAUGCGUUAACCACGACACUAACACAGACACAAUCGAAGAAGGAACAGACCCAUUGGACCCAUCAUCGAAUAUGUCCACCUUAGUGUCGACAACAGUGAGAGUUCACAGUACUGAUCAACUACCAAAGGACGAGUCAAAGCAAAACAGAAGGCUGAGCAGAUCGUUGGGGUCUUACACUGAAGAAGACACCAUCCUGCAACUGCGUACGAGUUUCGAGCUGGGCUCUGAACCUCUGCUGAACGUCUCGAACGACUCGAAAGACGAGGUGAAAAGUCUGCAAGGGCAGCAACAGUUUUUGGAAAAGUGGCUGGAAACCGGCCCCAAUUUGGUAUGCUCCGAGGAGAGUUUGUAUCCAGACGAGAUUUUAGGUAGCACGUCGUUGAACUUCUCCACCCAACCUCUGACAGCUAGAACCGAUGCGUUGAUGAACACCAAGUCGUUCAAUUUGGUGAGACCGAAACAAUAGGGAAUUAUUUCAUUCUAAUAGAAUUCAGUUAUGUGAUAUUUUUAUAUGCGACGUUAAGGCUAGGUUACUUUUUAAAAUUAUGGAUGUAAUAUAUAAUAAAUCGUAUUUGUUGUUUAUGCAUCAUGUACUGUUGUCUUUAUUUAAAUAAAUUAGGACCCUA